CGUGUUUGGGUUUGAAAACCGAAAAACAAGGACAGAAGUUUUCCCUUUUAUCUGGCUCGGAAGACGACUACGUGUUCACAGUAAUUAAAGACGGUGCCGUGGUGAUCGCGAUAACAAUAAUCGUCGCGAUUUACGAUAAGCUGAACUCGCGAGCAAAAAAACACUCCGAACCACCAACAGCCCGCGAUAGCUGCGAUCUACAUGGGGCAGAGACGACACGAAGAAUAACGCACGGACCACCACGCACUGCCCGUUUUGCGAUAAAUCCCGAUAUCAUUCCUAUAUUUUAAACCACCAUCCCCUGCAUUUAUAGUCCGGUAGUCGUGCAACGGUAGCGGCAUGGUUAAUGUAAAGUAUGAACGCGUGAAGCAAACGGCGGACCCGGAUACGGGGAUGCAGGAUGGAGAAGAGAUUGAGCUGGAGCCGAACCGAGAAAUACAGCAGCAGUUACAGGAGGAGAUGGAUAAUCAUCACAGUCACACUAACCAGUACCAUCAUCAGCACCAAAACCAAAGUCACCAUCACGAUGCGUAUGCCACACACCCGAGUCAGUACAUCGUGGCAGCUGGUGGCGGGAAAGACCACCGGCACCGUAUGUCCACGAAGCAACAUAUGGGAGCUGGUGUAUCCUCAGGUUUCAGCAAUCGGAUCGUAAUGACGCUCCUACUCAUCGCCUGCUAUUUUACGCUCUCGAUCGGGCUCACGUUCUAUCAGCGUAAUCUGUUGCAGCACUUCAAGCUACCCCUGUUCGUGGUACUGUACCAUCUGGUGGUCAAACUAGUCCUAUCGGCCAUUGUCCGAAGUGUGUUGCGUUGUGCUACCAAGCGACCGCGUAUCUUGCUCGAUUUUCGUACCUCAGUCAGGCGAAUCCUUCCAACCGGACUGGCCAGUGGCAUCGAUAUUAGCUUCUCCAACUGGGGACUCGAGCUGGUACAAAUAUCGCUCUAUACGAUGACCAAAUCGACAACAAUCGUGUUCAUCUUGAUAUUUGCCAUAUUAUUAAAGUUGGAAAAAAAGAGUUGGUCCCUUGGAGCGAUCGUCGUGAUGAUCUCCGGUGGGUUGUUCAUGUUCACCUACAAGUCAACGCAGUUCGACGCUCUCGGGUUUUCGUUCCUGCUGUUUGCUUCCCUUUCGAGCGGCAUUCGCUGGACGCUAGCACAGUUGAUCAUGCAAAAAUCAAAGCUUGGAUUGCACAAUCCGAUUGAUAUGAUCUUUCAUAUGCAACCGUGGAUGAUUCUGUCGGUGUUACCAUUUACGAUUGGUUUUGAGGGACGGAAGCUGAUCGAAGGAUACCAUCUUCUGUACCAGCUACCAUGGACCACAGUGCUCGAUGUCUGGUUAAAGAUCUCUAUCGGAGCGUUUAUCGCUUUUGCCAUGGAAGUGAGCGAGUUUAUGGUACUCACCAGUACCUCUAGUCUAACGCUCUCCGUAGCAGGCAUCUUCAAGGAAAUUUGCCAGCUCGUGUUGGCCGUGGAGCUGAACGAUGAGCAUUUGAGCACGGUGAACGUUCUCGGAUUGGUGAUGUGCCUGGGCGGUAUCUGCUGCCAUGUGGUACACAAAUUCCUAACAUAUCGCGCUGAAACCAGUGCCGAGUCGACAUCACCGCUUGAUAAGGCUAGCGGAUACAGCGAGGAUCAGGACGAAGACGAGGAGGAACCAAGGACGCAGGCACGUUCGGGGAGUAUCGGUACCGUUGCUACCAAAAAUGGUAGCCUUAAAUUUGGUGUUGGAAGCACCAGAUUUAAAAGUAGUCGACACCAGUACCGACCGCUACUAGUGAAUGAAGCUCGCGAUGCGGACGACUCUGACCAUCUGGUAGUGAUGGAGAAUCGAAACUAUCUUUCAGACGAUAGUGACCAGGACGGUGACAACGAUACCCAAGAUGUACUGUUCGACAUACUGAAACGCCGGGAACGAUAAUCAUUCCAAUAGGACGAUAGGAAUCCAGUUGGGAUUCUUCUGCUUAGUAAGGAUAGUGAGAUGGCCGCAAUGGCGAAGGAGAAAAUCGUUGUUGAUGUUGUAAUUUAUCUACUUACACAAGACGUUUGCCGACGAAUGAUCGGAUGCGUUUCUUACUACUUCUAAUGCUCUGCAUCGGUCUACACUUGUGGUCAACCGAUUGGAAUUCCAGCCUAUGUUAAGCAUGUUUUAUUGAACCGGCUGAAUCGAGAGCACCGUUACCCUUUGUUAUCUUAGACAUGAAUGAUAUACUUAAUUUGCUACACAAAACGCUCGCAUUUCCUUCUCUUAUAUGCCAUACACAAAAGCAGUUAUGCUCUGUUACGUCGGCGUCGUGACUAAAGAUUUGUGAUUUUUUUUCAGGGUAGCACCGGCUGCAUACCAUUUUCCAAUUGAACUAGAAUAGAUAUACUUUACUGGGUGGAUGAGGAACUAAGGUAGAGAAAUGUGAAUUAAUGAAUGUUCGUGUAUCCAUCUGAAGCUGCGCCCGGUAGCACAAUGUGUUGAGUGAUAAAUAAGAAGGUGUUUAGAUUGAUGCAGUAUUCGAUGCGCAAGUUAUAGGUAAACAUUUUAUCAUUUUCAUCAAAUAACUGUGGCGUGUACCAGUUCGUGAUUGUGUGUUUUAACUAACUAAAGCGUCAAAUAAACCAUGCUGUAAUCGAAGGGAAACCCAAGACUCUACCAACAACGUA